GUUAUUUAUAAUAUAAAUAAUUACUUGUCAGAAAGAAGGUGUGAAGGAAUUGACUCUAUUCCUCUAAACAACAUCACGGACCUUGUUGUCAACAUGACUGGUAUAUCCCGAUCGUCCGUAAUGAAAAUACGAAGAGAAGGUCAGAUCUCAGUUGUAUUUUCUACACCCAAGAAAAAUAAACCUAAAACAAAAAAGAAAAUCAAUUUGGAUGAUUUCGAUCUCUGUGCAAUUAGGCAUAAAUUACAAGAAUUUUAUGCCGUCCGAAAAGAAGUACCGAGUUUGAAGCGGUUGCUUGCAGCUCUGAAAGAAUCAAUAAAUUUUGUUGGUGACAGGGAGUCUCUUCGUUUACUGUUACACAAAUUAGGUUAUAAAUUUAAAAAAUGUAGAAAUCAAAGGACAAUUCUUAUGAAGCGGUAUGAUAUAACUGGGUUCGUCCCUAAUGCUUUAUUAAUUUAUAAUGACAAAGAAAAAAAAGAAGAUUUCCAUGACGCCAUGAAUACAGUUAAUUUUAAGAAAUGGGUAUUGGAUAAAUUAAUACCCAAUUUGCAUGAACCUACCUUAAAACAAAAUAAACCUGACCCAAUAUAUGAAAUAGAUUAUGGUCACAAAAUAGUAAGACUGCCUCCUUAUCAUUGUGACCUCAAUACUAUUGAGAUGAUAUGGGGCAUAGUAAAAGGGAAGGUUGCCACAAAGAAUGUUGGUUUAGACAAUAUCACAUUCAUGCAGCUUGUAAAAAACGGUUUUGAGUCUCAUAUGAAAGUAAAGGCUAAAGAACGUUAUGACGAUAACAUAAGGAAUAUAGCCAAGUUCGAUGUAGACGACAAAGUUAUGUUGAAAGUACCAAAUCCAAACAAUUUAGACCUUAAAUGGGAAGGACCCUUUGCAGUUAUACGAGCUGGUUUUAACCUUAACUAUUUAAUUAAGAAAUCGAAUCGCAACCAAUUAGUGUACGCAAAUAGGUAA